AUGGACUCGUUCAUCAACAAUCAAUUUGGAGUCCGGCCGCAACCAGUAGUUCAACAACAAUGGAAUUCAGAGGAGAUGUCGGAAUCAGACUUGAAUAAUAUAAUGGCGUACGAAAACAUGAAUCAAGGCGCAGAGAAAGUUGAUGAAGAAGUUCAAGAAGUUAUGGAAGUAGACGAAGAUAAAGAGAAUUUGGACUAUGAUGUUAUACCAGACUUCGACUUGUCUGUUCCGUGUCGAAAACUGUAUUAUGAACGAUUGGGUAUGUUUCUUAUAUGGUUUUUGAAAUUUAGGUAUGAAAAGUAGGCGAAAACUAUGUGGAUUGUUUUGCUAAGGUUAGAACAAGGUUUUUACUUUAAAGUGGGUGUAAAUUUGUAACAAUUUAUUUACCUUAUUCAACCUAAAAAUUAUAUUGUUUUAGUCUCAUCAAAAAUCAAGUGGAAAGAAAAGUUAAAAGCUUUGGUAAAUCUCCUCAAAUUGGACUUGGAAGAUCAUACCUCUUAUUUUAUGGUACGAAACACAGACAUGGUCAUACAAAUAGGUAUUGAUCAAUUUGGAGGAGUAGCUACUUGUUACAUGUCUUGGUUUGGUGCUCCAUUAAGGCCGAACGAGCAAAUAAGACAAUUGAUAUCUCAUGACAAUUGGGUGGUUAUCUUAAGGGUUUUGAAGGUUAUGAACAAUUUGAUUCCUCAUUCCGUGGUUUUGUAAGUUUUUGAAGAAAAUUUUGGUUUUAAAAAAAUCUUUUUCUUGAUUUUAAGGGCUUUGUUACCUAAAGUAUUAUAUUUUUUACAUUUUCAGGACUGACCGAGUACUCUGUUUGAACGCCCUUCUAAUCCUCGAACAUGAUCUCACGUUACUAUUUAAAAAAGGCCGUUUAUUCUUCAAACAAAACGAACCAGUUAACUUUUGGCCUCGUUCAGACCUUCAACCAUUCACAAUAUCACUAGAUUGGCGAAGUGGGCAUGAACCGAAUGCUUUGGGCACAAAUGAUGGUCGAUACACUUGUCAACUGAAUAUUUUGUUCUCCAGCAGUAUUCAGACGUCAUUCCCAACUCAAUCUUGUCUUAACGACAAACUCAAUUGGAUUGAAGUGCCAUUGACAAGGCCAGUGAAUGCUUCAUAUUGUCUUACCUUCCCGACGGCCAUUCCUGUGGCAUCGGGGUUGAUGAAGAUGUUGUUAGCCAUAAAUGGAGGUUUAAUGGCUGUGGCUAAUAAGACCAACUGGUGGAAAGAAGCUUCUGAUCAAAAAAUGGUUCCUAAAAUAAUAUUUGGAUCUAAAAAGAAGUGUUUGACGUGCCUUUUCAAACCAAAUAAUGAAGAUGAACAAGGAGAAGAUAAAGAAAGUGAUAAGGAGAAUAAGAGUGAGAAAGAAAAGAUAUCAGAACUGAAAGAUAAUGAUAAGAAGACUACAGAAACAAAAGAAGAGGACUUUUUGGUCAAGAAGAUUACAGUAUUCACACCGCAGGCGGUGGCAGAAGUCCUCAGGCUGUUAUUUGACCACAUGAAAAUAUUUGGAUUGGCAAAACAGUUGAUUAACACAAAGAAUAACACCAGUUUUGGAGUGAAAAGAAGCAUGUUAACCCAAAUUCAAGUGGAAAAGUAUAAUCAACUAUCAAUUGAAGUCGAUUCUGAACGAUUUUUAUAUGGCAGGGGUAAGAUUUUUUAAAAUAUUUUGAAAUUUUUAGGUAGAUAUCACUUUUUGAAGUUACUAUAUAUAAUAUAAAACAUACCGACGAAUGUUUUUAUUGUAAUGGGUUUUCAUUUCAGUAACGAUUACUGCUUCAAAUGGCAGAUUGAACUUGUUCAUGAACAUUAAUUCGGUCCUGGGAGGAAGAUUGUUAAGUAAACCGGUGACAGUUCAUAUUGAUAAGAAUAAUUUGGAACAAUUUACAGAGUUUGACGUCACGUCUGAAGAACGUUUGAACCAGUAAGUUAUUUUGGUUUUUUUAAAUUUUGAAAUUUUAGUGGAUUUUUCUAGAUUUUUCGGCUUUACAUUGCGAUUUUUUUCAGAUUGUACUUUUCAGAUUUUUAAGCUUUUUUGUUAUGUUGAUAAGAAAGUCUUAUUUAUUCAAAAUAAUAAAAAUUAUUAGCAAAAACUUUGUUUUCAGAGACUGGAGCAUAUUAUACUUGUUAUUAAACAUAAUCAAUUAUACCGAAGCCGAAACGCAAAAGAAGUACGAAUUAAAGCUGUUAAAACUAUUCAAAAACAACAUCUUUAACUCCCACUACAAGAGAAGCCCAAAAGUAACAUCAGUAUCAGCCAGAAAAUGCUUUAAACUUCUGAAAUUCGGGCCGAAACGACGAGAAUUCUAUGCCAAAGCGACGAAAGCAGCACGAUACAGAAUGAAAUUGGUCAUUUUCCUAACCAAACGUCAAAUAUUGUCUAUGGAUUUCAAUGGGAUAAAGGAAGCAGAAUCACAAAUGUGUCCAUCUAACAGUUUGGCCAUGAUUCGACGACAUUUGAGGAUCAGAAAGGCUAGGUUGCUCAAGAAGAAUAUGAAAAAGGAGAGGAACAGCACAGUAGACGAGAAGACCGUGACAAGAUUGGCAAAGAUAAAGAAUACUGAAGGUUUCGCUGAGCUCCAGAAGGUUAUGAAGUCAAGUUCUUCUCAACAGAAAACGAAUCUGGCUAGAAGAAAGCGGUCGAUUAAUAUAUUGAAGAAGAGUUCUGGUGUUUCGUUAGAAUCCAGGUUUCUGAAUCCGGUAAAUCUGAGAAGAUACAGUAGGAAAGCCUUUGGAAGACUGUCGGCGUGGAGAGGUACGGCUGCUUUGGCAUUCAGAAGACAAAAAGAGUUGAAUUUGAAGAAAGGUUUCGAUUGGAAUGUCAGGAAGAGCUCUGUCUCGAGAUUCAAUGUGGAAAAGAAUGAGAAGAAAUUGCCGGAUUUGAAGGACAUGUUCAAGAUAUCAAAGAUGGAGGCGUUGAAGAAGAAGUUCUCUCAAUCUGACAUGUUGAAAGCACAGAAUCAGGGCAAAAAGGUAAGGUUUUUGAUUUUUUUGGUACUUAAAAUUUGAUUUUUAAUCAAAAUAUUAUUUUUUAGGUAUCAAAUUUGAUUUUCCAUUCAAUUUUUGAAUUUUUGUUACCUAAAUUUUAUUUCACUAACAAUUUUCUAUUUCAGCAAGACCCCUACAGUCGCUACCCGGACUUUACCAACAUGCCUCCACCACAAACUAAGUCAAUAUUCCCGAUGAGCCAGAUGAAUCCAACCGCCGUGAGACCAAAAAUGGAGCUUCCGAUGACCUAUUCCAACGCAUAUGCAAAUCAGGACGAAGAAGAUUCGUCAGAUGACAAUGAAACUGAUCCACCCCCACCACCCAAGGUACCAGCCAACAACAAUCAAGUGUACCAACCACAUCUAUUGGCUGCGAGGAAUGAAAGGUUGAACAAAGUAAAACAAGAUCAGAAGGAAAGAGAGCUGGAACAACAGAAACUAAAGGCUAGCCAACAAAGUCAGCUACAGAGGGCGGCGAGGAUCAAUCAGAUUGGCCAGAGAUUGUCACUUAAUGUGGGUUUUUAGAUUUAACAUGUAAAGCAGAAAAAACAUAUUAUAGUAGUUAAGAAGGUAUCUUUAGUGACUAAAAAAGUGUCUUUAGUAACUAAAAAAUUACCUUCAGUGCCUAAUAAAGCACCUAUUUUCAGGCGGAGCAAUCAGAAACAGCCUUGAAAGCAACCAAAAUGGAGGUAGAUGAACCAUCCAUCCCUAAUAAUCAAAGAAAACUUUCAAAGGAAGUGAAGACAGAAGCAGAACAAAAAACGUAUUCACCGUCGAUACCAACCUUCAAAGACGACGUUAAUGCGGAUUUUAAUACUCAAGACGAAUCCAAUUCAGCUCCACCACAAUUGGAAAGCAAUAAGGAGAUAAAACGACCGACCGAGAAUUCAAACUCAAGCUUUCCAUCUCCAGAUUCUCUGUCACAAAGCCCACCACCAUCAUUGACGAAGAGCGACGAGGACUCGAAAGGUCCGCCGGUUCUGACUCAAAACGAACCUGUUAGGCGGGAGGAGGAUUCUCGUAAGUUUUGUUAUAUUAUAUUACUAUAAUAAGUUAUAACAUUAUGACAAGGUAGUUGGGUAUUUUUAUUAAUGAUAGAGGUAAUAAGCUUUAUAAUGCACUGAAAUAUGAAUUUUCAGCUCGUCCAGUGAAAAGAGAAGAAGAUAAGGAUAAGAAAGAGUCUCGGAAAGCCAAAGAUGAAAAGAGAAAGGAAAAGAAAGAAAAAGAAGUAGUGUUAAAGAAGGAAAAGGAGAAAAGAGAUGAACGAAGAGGGUCAUUGGUGACCGACAUCGAUGACAAAAAGGUAAUUUGCACAAUUUUUUUAAUUUGUUAUUUUGUUUUAGUUCUAAAAUUAUAUUUUAAAGCCUAAAGUCAUAUUUUAAACUCAAAAAUUAUAUUUUUAGAUCAAAAAAGAGCGUGACGACACCUCAACCUCAUCAUCUUCAUCAAUAAAGUCUCGGAUCGCAUCAAAACCAACAAAAGAAGCAGUGAAGAAGGACUCAAAGGAGAAAAGAAAGCCAAAAGAAGUGAAGGAACAUAAACUGAGAGAACCAUCGCCAGCCACAACAAGGAAAAGAUCGUCUCCAACUCCAGCAAAGAAGAAGGAUCGAGAAGAACCAAAGAAAAAAGAGGAAAAACUGUCAGAUAAGAGUAAAACAACAAAAUAUUCGAGUAGAGAAGAGACAAGGCUAGCUCAAAAACGGCCAUCAACGAGUGUUAUCGAUGAUAAAAGAAAGAAGAUCAGAAAGACAAGUGAUAGGACGGUGGAGAAGGAUAAGGUGGAGAGGAAGGAUUCUACCAGCUCUUCGUUGCAAGGUUUGUUUGGUGAAUGAGAGGAGUUUUGGGGCUUUUGUGGGCGAAAGGGACAGAUGAAGCUACUAUAAUAUAAAAAUUUUAAAACAAAAGGGGUUUUUGGCUCAAAGUAAAAAAUAACAAAACAUAACCCUACUAUCAUAUAAAUAUAAAACAUCUUUUUCAGACGUCCUUGGAAGCAUGGGCCGCCCAACAAUCAGCAGCCUUCGUAACUUCAAGAUCCCAAAAGUCGUUGAACCAGAACCUAAACCUCAAGAAGCACCCCCUCUAAUGCCUCCAACUGAUAAGAAAGAGAAAUCAGAAGCAUCAACUUCAGCGCCAAGAGACGAUCGUCGCGACAAUCGAGAACCGCGCGAACCCAGAGAAAAUUACCGAGAAUAUAAUCAGAAUUAUUCUGGACAUUCGACCGGUAAAAUGUUCUUUGAAAUGCCAUCUUAUGGAACGAAUCGACCGCCAAGAAGAGGGUCGAUGAAGGGCACGAGUCAAGGCAGCUUCGAUGGUACUUCCACAGCGCCGUAUAGGCAGAGGAAGGGCGGUGAUCCUAUGAAAAGGUUGGGAAGGUUAAGAUUUAGAUGGGUGGUGGGGUUUUUGGAAAGAAAUUGGGAUUUUUUAAAUUUAAAAACGGAAAAUGACUUUUUCUGAAGCAUCAAUAAAUGUCAAAAUUUUAAUUUUCAGCCCGACCUUCCCCCGAAACCAAUCAGGACCAGUGGUACCACCUUAUGCCAGGGACAAACCCCCGAAUGCCAACACACAAUUGGGUAGGUUCUAUACUGCUGGUACACUAGAUCCCAAAGGUCAUGGUCCACCGCUCCUACCAGCCUCAUUCCACCAGUCGGCUGCCAUUCCCGACAAACAGCCAGCUCGAGACUUUGUGGACAAAGACUUCAGAGACCAAAGAGAGCCAAGCCCGGUCGAUGGACUGCAAAUCGAUGAGGAUUAG